AUGAGGGGACUUCAGCGCUUGACAUUUACACGCCUUUAUUCAGCUUGCUUAAUCGGAGUCCCCUCAAGCAAAGGUCAGCGCCGUUCGGGUGUCGAACAUGGUCCGGAAAUUCUCCGAAAACAUGGGAUCGUCAAGAAACUCAGAAAAUUCAACAACGUCGUUGAUUCUGGAAACAUUCGCGUCGUCGAAGAUAUCGCUGAUGACUUCGAGGGAAACGUCAAAAACCCAAGAACCGUCGGAGCGAAUAAUGAACGAAUCAGAGAUGCGGUAAAAGAGAGCUUGAAGAAGUACAGACCCGUGAUUUCUCUUGGAGGAGAUCAUUCCAUGGCCAUUGGAACCAUCAGUGGAUCUGCUACCUUCCUCGGAAAAGCGCCCGUGGUCAUUUGGGUCGAUGCUCACGCCGACAUCAAUCCUCCAGAAUUGUCACCAUCUGGCAAUCUUCAUGGAACACCCCUUAGUUUUCUUCUCAAAGAGCUAGAUUCUAGCAGAAUCGCCUUACCCGGCUUCGAAUGGUGCGAUAGUCAGAUUGCAGCGAAAGACAUUGCUUUUAUUGGAUUGCGAGAUGUCGAUCCGACUGAGCUCGAUAUUAUCAAAAAUCAUGGAAUCAAAGCUUUCGACAUGAACGACAUCGACCGACUGGGAAUUUCCCGCGUUCUGUCCGAAUGCCUCGAUUCCACCGACCCAAACGGAACUCGAGACAUCCAUCUGUCCUUUGACGUCGAUGCCCUUGAUCCUUCCCUGACUCCUGCAACUGGAACUCCUGUCCGAGGAGGGCUUUUCAAGGAGGAAGGAGAGUUCAUCUGCUCUGAACUUGCGAGAACUGGAAGGCUCUUGGCGGUGGACAUGGUCGAGGUCAAUCCGCUGCUCUCUGAUGCAGAUGGAACGACUAGAACUUGUGAAGCUGCGAUCUCACUUCUCCAGCAUUGUGUCGGAAAACGCGCGUCCCCACCAUUUGAGCGAGAAGACAAGUACGUCCCCGAAGGCUCCCGAACACUGAACUGA